UGUUGGUCUCUCCAUCAAAGUCAGAUAAGCUUACUUCUGGAACCAGAUCAGAGGCCGACCGACCACACAUGGAGACUCUCUCGAUUCCCGCCUCCGCGUGGUUUUCAGGCGGCGCCAUUCCUCCUCCACCGAACGCGAGACUUUCUCCGCCGUACCUCCUCCGGAAACUGCCGGGCAGAAACUCCGGACGCUUGUCCGCCUUUAACGCCGCUUCUCGCUCCGUGAGUGAGCUUGUGGGGGAGGAUGUGCUGCAGAUGUUCUUGAAAGACAGGGAAGAAAAUGGAGAUUUCAUUUCCAAAGUCUCUGAUAGGCUCUGGUUAAGGGAUGUUCUCGAGUCUAUUGAUCUUAACUCCAAUGGUGGAUCCUCAGCCAUUGGACUAGAAGAUAAUCAGGAGAGGUUGGUGGAUGGCGCGGAAGAUGAUGAUGAAAGCGGUUUCUUGAAACUUAAACCAACUCAAGAGUGGAUUGCUGGGGAAGGUGAAUCCGCCCCCAUGAAUAGGAAAGCACUAGCUAAGGCAUUACGGGAUGAUAGCGAGCGGAGGAAGAAACUGAACUUUCUGAAAUAUGAAGCUCUGAAGCGUGAACUGAUGUAUCUGUCAAUUGUAAUUGGAACCGGGUGCAGCGGAUAUUGCUUACUAGCUUUAUCACCCCAGGCUGCCGUCAGUUAUGGGGUUGGAGUUCUUUUCAGUUGCUUGUACCUUCAGCUUUUGUACGGAUAUGCAGAUGGUGUUACCCGCGAAGAUGUUCCUACUAUCUUCCUUAAAAAGAAGACUAAAAAAAUCGGGAUUAGAAGUGAAGACCUUGAAGACUUUGUAAAGAGGACAAUAAGGGGCAGUGGCAUGGCACUCUCUUCCCCACGUCUAGUGAUCCCAGCUGCAAUCUAUGCUCUGUGGAUACUCUCUCACAAGUACUUCCAAAAUGACUUGUUCGACUUCCAGAUAGUUCCAGCCAUGGUUGGUUUGUUUGUAUACAAAGCCGCAGCUCUGGUUCAAGUGUACAGAGACAACCAAGAUCUUCAACUCAUUUUCCCAGACGACCUGUGACCUUCUGGAGUUAAGACGAUCUUUGACCUUCCGAGUUAGACUGGUUCAUGGUCUCAGACAGAAACAGAAACUGGACUCAUCUGCUAAGACUUAUAGCUGAGCCUGAGGAUGUAGAGUAACCCGUUUGUUCUUGUUCUUUUUUUCCUUCUUCAACGUCGUCUCUUUGUAUAUUUGUACUCUUCUCUAUAUCUUUACUUCUAAAUAUCUCAAUUUUUGUAUCACAUUUAUAGAUUUUGAGAGAAAAUACAAUGUAUUUCGUAUGUCAAUGUGCCAAAAGUCCAAACCGAAACUA